AUGCCCGAUGGAAAGUUAGACAUGGUCAGGGUGGUGGGUUAUCUGGAAGGAGGGCUGCAGGAGGAUCCCACUGGGACAGCAGUUAAGAAGCAGUCAGAACCUGGGAGGAAUGUCGGGAGUACAGGCUGUGGCAGGGAAAGCAAGGGUGUUUGUGGGUCCUUGGAGGGUCCCAGGAAGUGCUCCAUUGAGAACUAUAGGACAGUGGUUAGCCCCAUGAAAGAUUUUAGGGAAAAAGCAACCUAUAAAGGGCUUUGUCACAUCCUCUCCCUUGUUGCUGAGAAAGCCAUUGUGUUCAUCACAUGGAUGUUAACUUUUGACAACCUGCGUGGGAACCGGCUGUCUCAGACUGUGCAAGAGAGCAUCUCAGCACAUGUUCCCCCUGUCCUUACAGAAUAUCUAGAAUUCUCUGCUCUGGGUUUUGUGUUGUUGUUCAUGGAAUUCAGGAGUCUUUGGUAUUCCACAUCAUUAUUGAGUUCCACAGCUGCCAAACUGGUCACAUUGGUGAAACUUUUGGCUCUCAGCUUUGUCAUAACCUCUGGCUUCAUUAAGGGGGACCUGCACAACUGGAAGCUCACAGAAGAGGACUACGUAAAGGCUGGACUCAAUGACACCUUGAGCUUGGGCCCUCUGGGCUCUGGAGGAUUUGUGCCUUUUGGCUUCAAGGGGAUUCUUGGUGGAUCAGCUACCUGUUUCUAUGCAUUUCCUGGUUUCAACCAUAUUGUUACCAGAGUUGAAAAAGCCCAGAAUCCCCAGCGUUCCAUCCCCAUUGGCAUUGUGAUUUCACUGUUCAUCUGCUUUUUGGUAUAUUUUGGUGUCUCUUCAGCAUUCAUGCUUAUGGUGCCUUACUACCAGCUCCAACCUGGGAGCACCUUGCCUGAGGUAUUUCUCCAUAUUGGCUGGGUCCCUGUCUACUAUGUGGUAGCUUUUGCAUUGCUGUGCAUUCUUUCCGCCUGCCUUUGGAGCUUUGUGUGGCCAAUGCGUCAGGUGCUAUACGUGAUGGCAAAGGAUGGCCUCCUGUUCCCUGUCCUUACCCGUAUCUCUUUCUUCCAAUACUCUCUUAUCAUGAUCAUUGUGUUUGUUGGAACUAUUCCAGUCAUUGUAUUCUUCUUUGGAGUCACUGAUCUCUUGGACCUAAAGUCAGUUGUGUCCCUGAUUUCUCACACCCUGGUUGCAAUUUGUGUUCUCAUCCUCAGGUAUCAGCCUGAGAUGCAGAAUGAGGAAAAUGAAGCAGAGGUGCAGGAGGAGAAUGGACCUGCAGCAGAGAGGCUGACUUUACAGCGACUACUUUUUCCAGGUAGUUCCACCCCCACUCCACUCUCUGGCCGGGUUGUCCAUGGGCCAGUUCUGCUUUCUGGAGACCCAGUGUGGAUUUUGGUGGUUGUGCUGCUCCUGGUGCUCAUCACUGGGCUCACUGGGGUCAUCUGGAGACAGCCUCAGAGCUCCAGUCCCAUUUACUUUAAGGUCCCUGCUCUGCCUCUCCUCCCACUACUGAGCGUCUUUGUGAAUGUUUACCUUAUGAUGCAGAUGACAGCUGGCACCUGGAUAGUAUUUGGUGUCUGGAUGCUAAUUGGGUUUGUUAUCUACUUCGCCUAUGGGAUCCAGCGCAGCUGGGUAGCUAUCCCCACUUAA